UUGCAAACUCCGGGAAAGAAUUUGUUGUCCGUCACAUGGCACAUUCCGAAUCUGCGAGCGCUGUACAAAUUGCCUGUUAUCCACCGAGUCCUACCGUUAACAUGUUUAUCGUUUCACCUUUAUCUCUGCUGUAUUAACACUUUCAGUCGCAUGUAUGCAUCAGCCAAACACUGUCAGUGUUGUCGUAAAAACGACCAGAGAGGGGAAAUUAGUAGCUUUGCCUUGACUGGUGGAGUGGAACUACAGAAGCAUCGUGCAGAGUGAUUUUAGUGUUCACUUGAAGCAACUGAAAAUGAACAACAGAUCUUUAUAAACCUGUUUUUAACCGUAUGAUCUGACUAACAUCUGUUAGCGUUUAUAGUACAACACGGGUUGUAAGUGUUUCUCUCUAUAAACAGGUGCUGCCCCGCUCAGGGUUUAUGUCGGUUUUUGACAAUGAAAGUAAAGAAAGUUUCCUCUCAGGCCCAACAUGAGCAACGAAACACCAGCAAACAUCGCGAUAAGCUCAACAGGCGCAAAAAAACACUUACUGAGCUCAAGAAAACAAGUCUUCUAAAUGCAAGCACAAGUACGGCUAAACUAGAGCAACUCAUAACCAAAAGAGAGAAGCCUCGGUUAAAACGACUGAAGAAGUUGUAUGCCAAGCCAGUGACUGUAAACCCAGACAAAAGCUCUUCUUCAGAAGAAAAGGUGAAAAAUACUUCUGGGGCUUUGGCUCAUACAAAUGGAGACACAGAACUCGAGGGUAGCAGCGAUUCAGAGGACCUUCAGGAAUGGGACGCAUAUGCUAACAGCGUUCUUCAGAACGGCAUGGAAAGUUCAACUUUAUCAGACACAGACCAGGUGGAGAAAGAUGAGCUUCAAUACCAUGUCCAGCUUGACCAUACUCAAAACCGAGCUGUUUUGGUCAUGCAACAAGGCCAGACCCUGUGUUUCCGUGGGAAGUGCCUGCUCACUUGCCUUUACGGUCGUGUAGAGGUGCUGGGCUUCACCAUAGAGGAGGGCCAACAACCUUACCCGCUUUUCUCCCCACCAUCGCACUGCCCUCUUACCAUCACAGCCUUGGGAAACAACUCACCGUCUAACAAGAACAAGAAAGAGGGACGGCUGGAAGCGAAAGCCAUUGUUCGCAAAUAUCUCCCUUUAGAGCCAUGUAAAAGGCUUAUCAAUGAAGUGAACUCGGACUCGUGUGUGGUGCUUCUAGAACCUCUGGACACGCCCCUCACUCGCUUUCUCACCAGCUUCACAGAACUCAAUGAGAUCUUUGGCAUAAACUCUUGGGAACUGAAGUCUCAGGCUGCCAUCUAUCACCCUGCUCUGUCUGCGGUGGGUGUAACAGCACUUCGUGAACCCUGUGCCCAAGGUCUUGUGAUGUCACCUAGCUAUAAAGAGGCUUUAAGCAGUUUGCUCAGUGCCUGGGCAGGGGAAUUUGACCGCUGUCCCAUAAUUCUUGUGUGCGGUGCAAAAAACUCUGGCAAAUCCACAUUUAUGCGGCACCUCAUUAACAGCCUGCUAAAUCAAACAACAAGUGUAGAGUAUUUGGAGUGUGACUUGGGCCAGACUGAGUUUACCCCUGCUGGAUGCCUCUCCUUAAACACGGUUACAGAACCACUGCUGGGGCCUCCGUUCACACACCUGCGUGAUCCAGAGCACAUGGUGUACUACGGUCAGACAGAAUGUCAGAAUGACAUUGAUCGCUAUCUGGAGUCCCUCAAAUCCCUGUGGUGCCACUGCAGUGGAGAGAGUCCUGUUAUUCUCAACACUAUGGGCUGGGUCAAAGGCCAGGGCCUUCAAAUCCUGACUGACCUCAUUCGUCUUUUCUCCGUUACGCACGUCGUGCAGCUAACUUAUGGAGACGUGCCACAGUCUUAUCUUCUCACCCCUGACUUCCUCAGAACUGCCCACGGCUGGCAGACCCACCCUCCGACACCAUCCACCCUGACAGAAGUGUCAGCAAGUGACCUCGCUCUUCGAUCUCAUGUAUUUCUCCAGAUCGUCUCAGAGUUUGAAGGCGCAGGGACAGCAGGAGAAAUGCGAUUUCAGCGCAGCAAUGAACUUCGAGACUUGGCUCUGCUUAGCUACUUCAGUAAGAUGCAGUCUCCUGAGCCAGGCCCAAUGCGCCCUCUCCACUGCUUCAUACCCUACCAGGUCCCACAGUCUUCAGUGGCUAUAGGGGUGGUACAUUGUGAGGUUGCACCCAACCACAUCCUCUAUACAGCAAAUGCCAGUCUGGUUGGAUUGUGCUGUUUGAGUGAAAAGGUCACAGGCAGAGGAGGUCCUGUUGUGCUCUCCCAAACUCCCAUCUGUCAAUGUGUGGGCCUAGGUGUUGUGAGAGGGGUGGACAUGGCACGAGGUCUGUACUUAUUGGUUACUCCUGUGCCUCCUUCUGUCCUGAAGCAUGUGAACUGUCUUCUUCUUGGACAGAUCACACUACCUAAAGAACUGCUAACUAUGCAGCAUGGAGUUGAAGCAGAAUUACCUUAUGUCACCACAGAUUACAGCUUUGAAGUCACAGGGGCAGGAAAACUUCACAUUCACAAAGGACUGUUAAGACGUUGUUUUAUAAAGUCAUAAAGGUUAAUCUGUUGUGUAUGAACCUUGCUUUCUGUGAAUGACAUUUGUAUCUUUGUGUUGUUUCAUACCCUAAACACUGAGGUAAGAUUUUACCUUGACUGUACAAAUGGACACAAGAUCUUGGCUUAUGGAACGGUUUGAGUGUAUGAGGGGAUCUCUUUUCUAUGUUUCUAGAUGAAUGGCUCCACGUUUAAGCUCAAUACAGGAAUCAUAACAUAACUCAUGUUUUGAUUACUGAUACAGUUUUCUAAAAUACAUUUUCAUUAUGAGUCCUGAUGUUUGUUACCAAGUCACAUAUUCCAAAACCAAGUUAAUGCAAACUGUAAAAUAUUAAAAGUGAGUUUCAUUUUUGACAAGAAA